AUUAACGAUUAUUUUAUUUUGACAUUUCUAACCGGAACACACUUUUCUUACUUUGGGUAACUUGACAGUGAAACUUCCGUCAAGAUAUCGGCUGAGUAAGAAGUCAUGGCAGACCUUGGCGUUAAAGCGGGAGACAAGGUGCUGUUGGUUUGGGCUCAGCCUUCAGCACCAGCAGCCCUGAAACAGUGUGCAGAGGAACUGGGUGCCAUUGUGGGUGCAGACGGCAAAGUGUCCGUGGAGAACAUGGAGAGAUUAUCGCUGUCCUCCCAUUCAGCAUCCACCUUUGACUGUGUGCUCUCUUGCCUUCUGGCUGACAGCUCCUCCGUCCACAGCUCCGAGACUCUAGCAGAGUUAGCCAGAGUGCUCAAACCUGGCGGGAAGCUAGUCCUGGAUGAAGCAGUUACAGGAGCUGACGCACAGAAUGUGAGGACUGCUGAGAAGCUGAUGUCAGCUCUGAAGUUGUCGGGCUUCAUGUCAGUGACUGAGGUCAGUAAAGCAGAACUCAGUCCUGAGGCGUUGAGCUCCCUCAGAACCGCCACUGGUUACCAGGGAAACACUCUGUCUAGAGUCCGCAUAUCUGCCUCCAAACCCAACUUUGAGGUGGGAUCAUCCAGCCAGAUUAAACUGUCAUUUGGGAAAAAGACGCCCAAGCCAGCAGAGAAACCUGCUCUGGAUCCCAAGACUGUCAAAAUGUGGACGCUGUCAGUCAAUGACAUGGAUGAUGAUGAUGUGGAUCUGGUGGACUCUGAUGCUCUGCUGGAUGAAGAUGACUUGAAGAAGCCAGACCCAGCUUCUCUUAAAGCACCCAGCUGUGGAGAGGGAGCCGGCAAGAAGAAGAAAGCCUGCAAGAACUGCUCAUGUGGUCUUGCUGAAGAGCUGGAGCAGGAGAGCAAAGGAAAACAAAAGACUAACCUACCAAAAUCUGCCUGUGGAAGUUGUUACCUUGGUGACGCGUUCCGAUGUGCCAGCUGUCCGUACGCGGGGAUGCCGGCGUUCAAACCAGGAGAGAAGAUUGUGCUGGACAACAAGACCCUGACAGACGCUUGAAAUGUCACAGUUCUGCUCCUGAUUGAAACAUUACAUUCCUUUUUUUCCCCUCCAUCCACCCUGAGUCACAACUCCUCUCUGCAGACACUGAAUGGAAGGCUGCUCACUGAAGAUGUGACGGGGAUCUGUGCGAUUGAAUCUACAACACACAGUCUUGUUUCUGAUGUUCUGAUUGUGAUGCCUUCAUGUACCAGCAAUAGUCAUGUUCACUUAAGUUCAGUUUAAGAUUUUGCCAAUGCAGCUACGACAAUGAGCCAGAGUGAGACUUGAAUGAAAAAAGUGCACCGUCAUUGCAGUUUUCCUCCUGCUGCUGUUAAUUAUGCAAAUGAUGGCGUGAGAAUCUCCUCUAAAGCUUCUAGCAAGUAUUUAAAAGCACUGAAAUGCAUUUCAUCGUUUCAUUUGAAGUUCUAUUUACAUCUAACCACUGACAGUUACAAUAUAAAGCAGAAACUACAGAAUGUUUACCAGUACAAUUUGAGCAUUCAGAGGUCCAUACAAACAGUAUAAAAACUGUCCAGUUCAAGCUUAAUUAUGUAUAUAAAGGCAAACAGUUUGGCAGUAA